AUGGAACAGUGGGCGGACAAGCAGCAGCAGCAGCAGCAGGCGGUCAGCACCAGCACCGCGGCCGCUGCGGCGCAGAUGCCCUUUCUGGCGCUGCUCCAGGGCGCGGGCGUCGUGGUGGAGGCGGAGGACCAGCAGCAGCAGCAGCAUGACGGGCGCAAGCGGCACGCCUUCGUGCGAGCCGUCUCCGACCUCGACCUGCUCGAGAGCUGCGUCACGCAGGUGGUGGCUCCCGCGGCGGCGGCGUCUUCGCCCGUGGCCAGCAGGACCGAGAGGCGGAGGAAGCGGCCGAGGCCCCGCGCGCGCGCCGCGCCGCCGCCGGAGAAGCGCAGGAAGCCCGAGGAGGCCGAGAGCCAGCGGAUGACCCACAUCGCCGUGGAGCGCAACCGGCGGCGCCUCAUGAACGACCACCUCGCCUCGCUCCGCUCCCUCAUCCCCUCCAGCUACAUCCCCCGCGGCGACCAGGCGACAGUGGUGGGUGGCGCGAUCGACUACGUGAAGCAACUAGAGCAGCAGCUGGUGGCGCUGCAGGCGGCCGCGCCCGCGCGUCGCGGUGAUGGAGGAAGGGUGCGAGGUGGCGACGGCGGACGAGGUGGCGACGGUGGUGCACCAGAUCUUUGCCUACGCCGCCGGCGCAUGCUGCUGACGACGGCGGCAGCCGCGGAGGGACGGGGACGCGACGGCAGCGAUCGCCGGCGCCUAAGCGGUCGUGGUACGGACCCUGUCCCUGCAGAGACAACAGUUUCGCUGAGGACCGUGCCCGGUGCCCCUGACUCCCUGACUCUGAGGGCUGGCUCUGCGCGCUUGGACUGGUUGUACGGAUGCCAUGACAACCGUAUGAUUGUGCCAGUGUGA